UUGACGAUGGCUGAUAUUAAGCCGAAUCAUACGAUCUACAUCAAUAAUCUCAACGAAAAGACAAAAAAGGAUGAGUUGAAGAAAGCUUUAUAUGCAAUUUUUUCGCAGUUUGGUCAAAUUAUUGACAUAUUGGCGUUCAAGACAUUGAGGAUGCGUGGACAGGCACAUGUGAUUUUCAAAGAGAUUAGUUCAGCAACAAAUGCGUUACGUGCAAUGCAAGGCUUUCCAUUCUAUGACAAGCCAAUGCGAAUUCAAUUCGCGCGUGAAGAUUCGGAUGUCAUCGCUAAAGCCAAAGGGACGUAUGUGGAUCGACCAAAGAAGCACUUAUUGGCUAAGCAGGCGACUGGCGAGAAGCGGAAAAAGCAAACAGUCCCGAAAGAAAGCAAAAAAGGACGUACUGAAAAAACAGCCACAACCGCGAAGCCAGCGAAUGUGGCGGCCGAAAAGACGAAUAAUCCACCGAACAAAAUUCUGUUCUGUACGAAUCUACCCGAAGAAACAACCGAGCAAAUGCUUUCGCUAUUAUUCAAUCCAUAUCCUGGCUUGAAAGAUAUCAGACGUAUUCCGAAUCGGCCAGAUAUUGCAUUUGUUGAAUUUGAAAGCGAAGGAGAGGCGACUGUCGCUCGGAAUGCACUGAACAACUUCAGAAUAACACCGUCACAAGUGAUGUACGUGAAUUAUGCUAAUAAAUGA